UGUUCGUGUGCUGUGAGAUGUUUUAUUGGAUCUGAGACCAUGCCUUCAUCAGUCUUCUUGUGUGCUUAGGAGAUCUGUGCAUGGGACUCUCUUUCAAAUCUUUUGCAUUCAGCUCCAUCACCUAAAGGACACGACAGACUCCCACAGGUUACCCAGCUCCAACACGUCCACUGCACCAUGGAUUUCUUGUUUGAGUUCCUUUUUACCCCGCUGUCCACAUCAGGAUUGGUUUUCCUGUUUAGUCUUGCAGCUGUAGCCCUGUUGCAUCUGAACACUAGACCUAAACCAAUGCAUCCACCAACAGACCUCAACCGACAGAGUGUUGGUAUAGCGGGUGGUGCUAGAAAAUCAGCACUCAUGAAAGAUGACAACUUGAUCUCAUACUUGCACGAGGAUGCCAAAACUCUAUACGAGGUUUUCAAAAGAGGGCUUCACAUUUCAGGAAAUGGGCCGUGUUUGGGGUACAGAAAGAAAGGGCAACCUUAUCAGUGGCUAAAAUACAAACAGGUUUCAGACAGAGCUGAAUUCCUGGGAUCUGGACUCAUUCACCGUGGCCUAAAGCCAUCACAAGAAUCGUUCAUCGGCAUCUUUGCCCAGAACAGACCAGAGUGGAUUAUCUCUGAACUGGCUUGCUAUACAUAUUCCAUGGUGGCUGUUCCUCUUUACGACACCUUGGGACCUGAAGCCCUUGUGUUCAUCAUUAAUAGAGCAAAGAUAUCCACAGUAGUGUGUGAUAAGCAAGAUAAGGCAGAAAUUCUGCUGGCUAACAGUGAGAAAAACCUCACGCCUGUUUUAAAAACCAUCAUCCUCAUGGACCCUUAUGAUGCUGCAUUGACUGAGAGAGGAUCUAAGAUGGGCGUGGAUGUUCUGUCUUUGAAAGAUGUAGAGGCCCUGGGAAAAAACAAUCUUCAGAAGCCAAUUCCACCCAAACCAGAAGACUUAAGUAUAAUAUGCUUUACCAGUGGAACAACUGGGGAUCCAAAGGGCGCCAUGCUUACCCAUGAAAAUGUGGUUGCUGAUGCAGCUGGUGUGGUUAAGAUCUUUGAGAGCGUCUUUGUGGCGUUGCCAUCUGAUGUGUCCAUCUCGUUUUUGCCGCUGGCUCACAUGUUUGAGCGAGUCGUACAGACAGUGUUGUAUGGUGCUGGAGGUAGAGUUGGGUUCUUUCAAGGUGAUAUCAGACUUCUCCCAGAUGACAUGAAAGUCCUGCAGCCCACCGUAUUCCCAGUGGUUCCACGUCUUCUGAAUCGGAUUUAUGACAAGAUCCAAAGUGAAGCCCGGACUCCGUUUAAGAAAACACUUUUAAACUUCGCCAUCAAGAGGAAACAUGCCGAGGUGAAACAGGGGAUCAUCAGGAACGACAGCUUAUGGGACAAACUCAUCUUCCACAAAGUGCAGGCAUCUCUCGGUGGCCGUGUGAGAGUGAUGGUGACUGGGGCCGCCCCCAUCUCUUCCUCUGUGCUCACUUUCCUCAGGGCGUCACUCGGGUGCCAGAUUUUCGAGGCAUAUGGCCAGACCGAAUGCACAGCUGGCUGCACUUUCUCCAUGCCUGGUGACUGGACCACUGGCCAUGUCGGAACUCCUUUUCCAUGUAAUUUUGUGAAACUUGUUGAUGUGGAGGAAAUGAAUUACUUCGCAUCCAAUGAUGAAGGGGAGGUUUGCAUAAAAGGGAAAAAUGUAUUUGUCGGAUACCUCAAUGACCCAGAAAGGACAGUAGAGGCUUUGGACAAAGAUGGUUGGCUGCACACUGGGGACGUAGGCAAAUGGCUGCCGAGUGGUGUCUUGAAGAUUAUUGACAGAAAGAAGAAUAUCUUCAAGCUGGCCCAAGGCGAAUACAUUGCACCGGAAAAGAUCGAAAAUGUUUACAUUCGGAGUGCUCCGGUUGCCCAAAUAUUUGUGCAUGGUGACAGCUUACAGUCCUGUUUGGUAGGCAUAGUGGUGCCAGAUCCUGAGGUGUUACCAGGUUUUGCAGAAAAAUUGGGAGUGAAAGGUUCAAUGGAGGACCUGUGUAAAAAUCAGGAUGUUAAGAAAGCCAUCAUUGCUGACCUUAUAAAACUGGGACGUGAAGCAGGACUGAAGUCUUUUGAACAAGUGAAAGAUGUGUACCUGCAUCCAGAGAUGUUCACUAUAGAAAAUGGUCUCCUCACUCCAACACUUAAAGCCAAAAGGGCUGAUCUCAUCAAAUACUUCAAAGUUCAGAUAGACAGUCUUUAUGCUAAUAUAUAGUGCACUGUGAAGUAAACAAAAGUUUGAGUUUUUGUGAAUAGUUUCACUCUUUAUGCAGGGCUUGGUUACGCACAGAACUUUGGGACGUCCUGUUUAACAUAUUUAUAACACUGAGCGGUGUGUGUUUUAUUUUCUGUAUCUAUAUUUUCUACAUCUGGGUAUUGGGAUUUAAAAAAAAUAAAUGGUCUUGAAAGAU